AUGGACCCACAAAGAGUUAUCAGAUUGCAAAAAUUGUACCAAAAUUCUAACAAGGAGUUGUGGUUGAGAGGACCACGUUCCAAGUUGCUUGUGUACCCAUUCUACGCUUUGUUCACUGUUUCUACUUGCUGCAGCUUGUACUACACUGGCAGAGCCGUGGCCGGUCUUAAGGACGAAUAA